GUGCACCGCGAGCGCGAAGGCCUCACUACCGGCGUCCGCUCGCCGGCGCCAUUUCUGUCGAGGGGAACGGCAGUGCGGCCUGUGAUCAUGGCGCUGUUCCCGGCCUUUGCCGGUAUUGGUGACGCUCCCAACAGCGGCAGCGCCCGGAAAGGAGUCCUCUGAAAUCAGAGCCUUCAGAUGAAAGUGAUGCUAACGGAAAGCCCAAACAAACAAGCAGAAAAAAGAAGAAAGAGAAGAAGAAGAGGAGGAAACGUCACCACAAGAAAACCAAGAGAAAACGUGGGCAGGCCAGUAGCAGUGGCUCCGAGCCGGAUAGUGAGCCUGAAGAGGACAAAACUUCCAGAAGCCCUGGAGAUAGUAGAAGGGAAUCGGAGAAACCCAGACAUCCCACUGACAUCCGUGAGAGCUCUGUCGUGCAGUGAGUCUGGAAUCUGACCCACGGAGUCUCCAUCAGACAGGCGGACCCUGAGUCCUCCUGGAUCCUUCUGCCACCAGAUCCGUGGAGAGCCUCGCAGGCCGCUGUGGCUCAGGGCAUCCAGGUUGAAUCAGUCGUCUCUGUGCCUAGGUGCUCCAUCUGUAACCCAGGCUUGCUCUAGAAGAGGAGAAUAAAAAGGUUCUGACUUUGGCCGAGUUCAUGUGGGCAGGAAUCACUCCUGUCUCGCUUGCCCUUGUAACCCCUCAGUGGCUGGCACAGGGCCUCAUGCCCGUCAAGAAGGUAAUGCUGCCGCUGAUAUUGGGCAUCGCUUUGUUUGGCUUGAGGACGUUCAGGCUCUGACUGGAGAAACCUUCAGAACAGAUAAGAAACCGGAUCCGGCCAACUGGGAGUAUAAGUCUCUCUACCGAGGAGACAUAGCAAGUCUUGUUCAGUUCCCCAUGGCCCCGCGGUGUGGAGCCACAGACGUGGUAGGACCCAGGACAAGAUGGGGAGGCCAGCAAACGCUGAUUGAGCCCAUGGUUGUUAGCCUGUGUGAUCCUCACAUCUGCUCUGUGAGGGGAACCAUACUCUUCUUUUAUGAAUGAGGAAAAGGAACCUCAGAGAGGAUACAAGAGGAAAGGAGACUCCUGCCUUGGCAUUAACCCUAAGAAGCAGUGUAUAUCCUGGGAGAGGGCUGCCGCAGAAAAGAAGCCUUCACACAAGCGUGUUGAGCGCUAUUUUACGAAGAAGAGCGUGGGCUUAAUGAACAUGGACGGAGUUGCCGUUGGCAGUAAAACCGAACCUCCCUCGUCUGAGCCGAUCUCGUUUAUCCCCGUGAAGGGCUCGGAUGAUGUGGUUCCUCCCGUUACGACCUGGUUGAACCCUCUGGGGAUUUACGAUCCGUCCACCGCGCAGUGGUUACAAGGACAGGGCCCUCCAGAGCAAGAACCAAAGCAGCCAGACUCCCAGACAGACAGAGAGCGCGCGCUGCUCAAGGCCAAGGUGGAGGAGUUCAACAGGAGAGUGCGGGAGAACCCUCACGAUAUUCAGCUGUGGAUGGCGUUCGUUGCUUUUCAGGACGAGGUCGUGCGGAGCCCCGGCCUGUAUGCCCUGGAGGCAGGGGAGCAGGAGAAGCGGAAGAGGUCUGCGAAGCUGGUGCUGGAGAAGCAGCUGGCUGUCCUGGAGCGGGCCAUCGAGAGCAACCAGAGCUCCGUGGAGCUGCAGCUGGCCCGGCUGAAGCUGUGCGCCGAGUUCUGGGAGCCCUCGGCGCUGCUCAGGGAGUGGCAGAAACUGAUCUUUGUGCACCCCAACAGUACGGCCCUCUGGCAGAAGUACCUUUUAUUUUGCCAAAGCCAGUUCAGCACCUUCACCGUGUCGAAGAUCCACGGUCUUUACGGCAAAUGCUUGAGCACUCUGUCCGCGGUGCAGGACGGCAGCAUCCUGUCGCACCCCGCCCUGCCCGGCACCGAGGAGGCCGUGUUCGCUCUCUUUCUUCAGCACUGUCACUUCCUGCGGCAGGCCGGUCACUCUGAGAAGGCGAUCUCGCUCUUCCAGGCCAUGGUGGACUUCACCUUCUUCAAGCCAGACAGCGUGAAAGACCUGCCUACCAAAGGACAGGUGGAAUUCUUUGAGCCCUUCUGGGACAGCGGGGAGCCCCGGGCUGGGGAGAAGGGCGCCCGAGGCUGGAGAGCCUGGAUGCACCAGCAGGAGCGAGGCGGCUGGGUGGUCAUCAGUCCAGAUGAUGAUGAUGACGAACCAGAAGACGAGGACCAGGAAAUAAGAGAUAAGAGUCUGCCCAGGUGGCAGAUCUGGCUCGCCGCCGAGCGGUCCCGAGACCAGAGGCACUGGCGGCCGUGGCGCCCUGAUAAGACCAAGAAGCAAACUGAAGAAGACUGUGAGGACCCAGAGAGACAGGUGCUGUUCGAUGACAUUGCGCAGUCUCUGAUCCAGCUCUCCAGCCGGGAUCUUCAGUUUCAGCUGGUCGCGGCCUUUCUGCAGUUCCUGGGCGUGCCUUCUGGCCUCAGCCCCCCGGCCUCCUGCCUCUACCUGGCCAUGGACGAGGACAGCAUCUUCGAUAACGGGCUUCAUGAUGAAAAGCCAUUGACUUUUCUCGACCUGUCCUUUUCCGGCGUCAGCUGUGUUGGCCGCUCAGACCCACUGGGCUGCCGUCGCUGGACCCGCGGGCACAAUCGAGAGGGCGAGGAGUUCAUCCGUAACAUCUUUCACCUUGUGAUGCCUCUGUUUUCAGGCCAGGAGAGGUCUCAGCUCUGCUUUUCCUGGCUACGGUACGAGAUGGCGAAGGUCGUUUGGUGUCUGCACACUAAAAACAAGAAGAGGUUAAAGUCACAAGGAAAGAACUGCAAAAAACUUGCCAAAAACCUCCUGAAGGAGCCAGAAAACCGCAACAACUUUUGCCUCUGGAAGCAGUACGCACAUCUGGAGUGGUUGCUCGGCAACACCGAGGACGCCAGGAAGGUGUUCGACAGGGCGCUCAGCCUGGCGGGGGGCGGAGAGCCGCGGGGCUGCGAGCCCUGGGAGCUCGGCCUGCUCUACGCGGGGCUGGAGCUGGAGCUGGAGCUGGAGCUGGAGCUGUCGCCGGCCGCGAGAGGGGCCGCCACGGCCCGAGCCGUCCACAUACUGACCGGGCUGGCGGAGAAUGGUCCCUACGCGCCCUACUCCGGGCCGGUCUCGGCUGUUCACGUUUUGAAGGCCCGGAAGGCUUACGAACACGCGCUGCAGGACUGUCGGGGGCAGAGCCGUGGCGCUGGGCCGCCUCCCGCCGACGCCUCUCACCGCCUCACCGGCCUGCUCAGGUGCUUCAUGCUCUUCCAGUACUUGACCGUGGGGAUCGAAGCCGCUGUGCGGAUCUACGAGCAGGCGUGUGCGCAGCUGCAGGGCUCCGUCUCCGCGGGCGGCUGUGGGCCGGACGAGCCCGGCUGCGCGCAGAGCCCGGGCCGCGGCCUCGAGGCCGUCGCGCUGAUGCACACGAGCCUGCUGCGGUUCCACGCGAGGGUCAGCGUGUGCCCCGUGGCUCCUCUGCAGCAGGCGCUCUCGGACGCCUUACGGUGGUACCCCGGCAGCCAGGUUCUGUGGCGGGCCUACGUACAGCUUCAGAGUAAGUCCCACACGGCCAGUAAGACCAGAAGGUUCUUCGAUGCCAUUACCAGGUCUGCCAAACCCUUGGAGCCGUGGUUGUUUGCGAUUGAAGCCGAGAAAACGAGGAAGAGGCUGGUGGAAACCGUUCAGAGGGUGGAUGGCAGAGAGGUCCACGCCACAAUUCCCGAGACCGGCUUGACGCAUCGGAUCGAAGCCCUGUUUGAAAAUGCUUUGCGGAGCGACAACGGCAGCCAGUGCCCCUUACUGUGGAGAAUGUAUUUGAACUUUCUGGUCUCCUUGGGAAACAAAGAAAGGAGCAAAGGCGUGUUCUACAAAGCACUUCAGAAUUGUCCUUGGGCAAAGGUAAGUCCCAGAGACCGUGAGAUCUGCACAACAAGCCCAAGGCCCUUCCUGCCUCGGUGCCCACCCCUCCGUGUCACUGGCGACUGGGCACUUCCCGGACCAUUUCAUAGGGAACCUGUCCGCCGUGGAGCCUCGGCUGAUGGGCGUGUGUCCACUCCCUGCACUGGGGCUGGUGUUUCAGGGGGGCCUUGCUGCAGGCAGGGGGUUUCCAUCAUCUGCCAGAGUUCAGCCCAGGUGCUCACACUGGGGGGGCCUGUGGCCCAAGUCUGCCUUGGCAAGCCCGGUCAGGCGGCGUUCAGAAAUGGGGACUGUCCUGUCCACCAAGUCCUGCCCCACUUUAGAAAGAGAAGGCCUCGUUCGUGUCCCUCUGGAAGCAGGUGCCGGGGCGCUGCCGAGUCCGGACGGCGCCGGGGAGGGCAGGCUGGCUAGCGCAGAACUCCUUGCCCUAGACGCUGUACCUGGAUGCCGUGGGCCACUUCCCUGAAGAGAUGCAGGAGGUCCUGGACCUGAUGACGGAGAAGGAGCUCCGGGUGCGCCUGCCCGUGGAGGAGUUGGAGCUUCUACUCGAGGACUAGAGACCAGGAGGUGUUCAACAGUCCCUGCCUUCAGGGCCUCGUCGCCUGCACUGCUGGAGCCGGGAUGCAGCAGACGGGGCACGUGUAGGUGCAUGUGUUCCAGGAGCUCUGCUUUCCAAGUCUAGCUUUAAUUCUUAGUAAUUUGUACCUGGGUCAUCAGUUUCUUAGCUCUUGCACAUUUUUUGGAUGUGCAAAUAACAGAAGCUAUUGCUUACAUAUUAUAUAUGUGAAUGUGUAGGUAAGAAUCCUGCCCCAUGACAACGGAAUCUCUCGUGGUUGGCGUGUUCGAGUGUGUUCUCUUCCUCUGCGGCCCCGGCCCCGCCGUGGCGAGUGCGUCCUGUUGGUUGGCCUUCUUGGCGGUCCUGCCAGGGUUUCUGGGUCUUGCAGUCAUGAUAGGAAAGGUUCGGUGACUCAACGCUAGAACCUCUUCCCAGGCUGGUUAGCAGGAGAGCAGAUUUUGCUCUUCUCUUCAGGCCACAGCCCUGGAGUCCCUGAGAACUUGGUGUUCCGGCCUGUGUCAAGUGUAGGAAGCGUCUCGUGGUCCCUAAGCUCUUCUUGACGCCUCCCGGCUGUGGACCAGCAGCAUCGCCUGGGCGCGCUGCAGCCUCGCACUUGGACAGGACCCCUGGAGACUUAGGAGCACCCAGGUGUGGGAGGGACCCCUGCUGCAGGGGGCACGCGGGCAGCCAUCCGAGCGGAGCAGAAUGGAGCGGCGGCCUCCUACCAGACCCUGCCCGCCCACGAGCCGGGCCCCGGACGCCCUCAUGUGGGUGCAGCAGUGCCGCCCAGGACAGAGGCCUGCACUGGCCGCCGCCUUGAUGUCUGAGGGUUGUGAAUGGAAUGAAAUGUAAAUACCCACAUUCAGACCACUUUCUUCUGAAGAGAACAUGGCUGCAGUUAUUAACUGUUAGUAUUUAACUAGGAGGAAAUUGCUUUAUCUUCUCUGAGCCCUGCUCUCAAACAAAACCACGAUGCCUCUAACUGCUGAAGUUGUCGUUCUUUGGCAGCUCAUCCAGAAAAGCCAGUGUCAUGGAACAAAAUUUUGGCUCAAAACAGCUGGAAAAGGAGGAUGGCAAGUCAGAGCCCCCGAGGAAGGCGGCCGGCCAGCCAGCCAAGGGGACGCUUGCCGUGCCUGCCCGGCUCACUCCCCG